UCAUCAUAAGUUCACGUAGGUUUCUGUAUGAACCCGCUAUAUUUACUCUCCGGUUUGGAAUUUACAUGCUAUUCGAUUAUUGGUAAUCGUACGGAAAGGUGUAAAUAUUUGUCUUUUUAGUACGUCGUCAUUGCAAGCCAACGUGUGAACUUUUUUUUUCAAUCUGCACACAUACUUGUUACGCAAAAAAAGACCAAUAAGUGGCGUGAAAAAGAACUAAACAACAUAGCGAAAAAUGUCCUUUCGGAUGCUGACCACCCGGUUGUAUAAACAUGGUCGCCUGCUGGUUCAGAGCUAUUUCAAGCGGGACCUUCACAUCACCAACGUUUGGAACAGCCCAACCGAAAGCGUAAAAGUGAACACAAUAAACGAAACACUUCGGCAUGAUCUGCGGAUCAGUGAGUUCCGGAACAACAGCUUCCUGCGCUUCGGUAACCAGGCUCGUCGCCUGUUUAUCGAUAAUGUGCUGAACAGGGUCACCAACCCGUACUCCGUGGAUCUUCGCCUUCAGGCUACCAAGAAAUUGUUGUACGGAGAUUCGACACCUUUCUUUGCACUGGUAGGUGUGAGUUUGGCCUCGGGGGAUGGUGUUUUGACGAAAAAUGACGAACUUGAAGCAGUGUGCUGGGAGAUACGGCAUGCGAUGUCCAACUUCCAGCAAAAGGUGGGCGAAAAGGAUAUCGAAUCUCGCUUGGACGAAGAGUUUGGCGUAGAAAAUUUGAACAUUGGUCCACCGAUUGCUACAGGAUGUUCGGCAGUCGUUUAUGCUGCUUCGCUGAAAGAACCGACUGCAACCGACCAGGAUGCAGGAAGUUACAAUCCCAACCAUUUCUCAUCGUCGGGUGUAAUGUCACCGUCAUCGAAUGAGGGUUCUGAUGUAUCGGAACACUGGAGAAGCACCGACAAUCUCUUGUUCCCGGAACGUAGUCCAUCGAUGGCUCUGCAACAAAUGGCCAACGGGGGUAAUCGAGAAGCUAGCAAGCCGGUCUUCAAAAACCGUAAGGUUCGCUUCAAUAGUGAAACACGAACAAGAACUAUGUCGGAAAGCAACUCGUAUAGUCAGCAUCAGACGCAUGAGGAAGCCACGAAAGAAGCUAACGAUGGGCAAAACUAUUCUGUCGAUGAAUACCCGUUGGCUUUGAAAAUGAUGUUCAACUAUGACAUUCAGAGCAACGCCAUGGCUAUACUGAAAGCAAUGUAUCGCGAAACGGUGCCGGCGAAAAGAAGAACCGUGGAAAGCUCAUGGGAGAAAAGUUUGAUGGAGAAAACAAACUUCCUUCCUCCCCAUCCGAACAUUGUUGAAAUGUAUGGCGUUUUUUGCGAUCAAGUACCGGAUUUGUCCAUGUCUACCACACUCUACCCGAUGGCCUUACCGCAGCGACUGAAUCCAGAAGGCUUCGGGAGGAACAUGAGUCUCUUUCUGCUGAUGAAACGGUAUAGUAUAAACUUGAGGGACUAUCUGCAGCAGAACAACUUGGAUAUGCGCACACGCAUUUUGCUGUUCGCCCAACUGCUGGAAGCUAUUGCACAUCUCAACCGUCACGGUGUGGCACACCGGGACAUCAAAUCGGAUAACAUUCUCAUAGAACUACGCCCGAACAUGCCGCCCACGGUGGUGUUGACCGACUUUGGAUGCUGCAUCGCAGAUAAGCGCCACGGAUUGCGCAUCCCGUACACAUCGGACGAAAUUGAUAAAGGUGGCAAUGUGGCUCUCAUGGCACCGGAAAUAAUCGCUCAACAGGCAGGCUCGUUUGCAAUGCUGAACUACACCAAAGCAGACCUAUGGGCGUGCGGGGCAAUUGCAUAUGAAAUUUUUGGCGGAACUAAUCCGUUUUACUCUGGCGAGAAUUCCGCGCUGAAAAAUACAACCUACGAAGAGGAUAUGCUACCCCCGAUGAACCAAAAUGUCCCUCGACUGAUUCAAUGCCUUGUGCAGAACAUCCUACAAAAAAAUCCAAACAAGCGUUUGAGCCCGGAUGUCGCAGCCAAUGUGGUGCAGUUAUUUUUGUGGUCGCCCUCAGUAUGGUUACGGGAGGGAUUUACCCCGUCCAGCAACGAAAUUCUGCAAUGGUUGUUGAGCCUUACUACGAAAAUCCUAUGCGAGGGUCCGUUGCGGGUAACCCCGGAUGACACGAUGGGCCGACGGACGUAUACGGAGUACUUAUUGAUUGCUAGUUUUCUAACUCGUGCCCGUCUGGAACGCAUCAAGCGUGCGCUAGCUUGGAUUCAUACGGUAAAUGCUGAUACAGCCAGCCUGUAGGCUGUAAGUAGAGUUAUGUGAUAUUGCUGUUUCUGUGAACUGAAAAGAUGGAGCGGGUUUAAUAAAGAAUAUUUAUUUUAAAAGAAUGGAAACUA